AUGUUGGCCCAAGGUAGAAACGCUGCCCAUAGUACGAACCGAUUCGCCGUCACUUCAGGCGCCCCCGUCUACGCUCACCCUGCCCCCGUCGCUCCACAGAAAAUAAACACUUCACCGCAGAUGUCAGGGGUGAAUGGGGAUUUAAUUGGCUCUGCUCGCGGCAUGAGUGUGUUUAGGAUAGCCUCUGAUGAGAGCCAACAAGCCAGGCUCAAUACGCGAGGCAAGGACAAGAGAAACCCCUCUCCCACCAACGGCCGACGAAAGGCGGAUGACUCCACAGUCAAGGCUCCCAUUACGAAGAAAUCUAAGACCAAUACCGCUGUUAUCAAGAGUGACAUGAAUUUCUCGGAUGAAGGGCCCACGAUGAGACUGGAGGAGGGCGGAACCAUGUCAAAGAUGACGGACGACGAGAAGCGAAAGAACUUUCUCGAGCGCAAUCGCGUCGCUGCCCACAAGUGUCGUCAAAGGAGGAAACAAUGGCUUACUCAACUGCAGACCAAGGUUGAGUUGUUCACUACGGAGAACGAUACCUUGAUGGCGCAAAUCGCCCAUCUCAGAGAAGAGACAGUCAACCUAAAGACACUCCUUGUUGCACACAAGGACUGUCCAGUUAAUUAUCAGCAAGAACUCUAUAUUAGGAUACAUAGCGGUAUUUCUUAUAGUGUAAGAUAUACGGAAAGGUGCGUAUAUAACUAA